CUUGUAAUGUCACUGUCAGUCAUGUCAUAAUUUUUUGACACUUUAAAAAAUUACCCAAGUUGCGCACGUGUUUACUUGUUUCUGAUAGUGAAAUUAGUGAUUUUUGUUUGAUAACUGGUGGUACAAUAGCAAUACAAAAUGAAAAUAAAGAAACAACACCGCAGGAAAAAAUACCUACAUCAUCUUAACCGUAAGCGAAUGAGUAAAAAUCAAAGUAGUACUGGCACAGUUCUAUGCAAAGUAAUGAAAGAUGAAUGGGACCACAAAAAGUCGACUCUCCGAAAUCUCACAGAAAUGGGCUUAGCAAAUGAUCCAAACCAGGUUAUAAAAAUUCCUAGUUUUAAAAAGGAACAGUUGAAAAGGGCAAAGAAAAUGGUAAAUGACGAUGAGUCUGCUGAAAGUGAAGAGGAGACAAUAGAAGUAGUUCCUAAGAUUGAAGUUGUAAAUAAACUGGAACUAGAAGCAAAAGCGCCCCGUGAAAGAAAGUUUAAGUUACCAAAAGGACAAGUUGAAUUUAUAACAUAUCUUCUAGACAAAUAUGGGCAUGAUUAUAAAGCUAUGGCCAGAGAUAAGAAAAAUUACUAUCAGGAAACAUGGAAACAAUUAAGGGCCAAAGUGAAAACCUUCAUGGGGAUUCCAAAGCAGUACGGAGAAUACUUGAAGACCAGAGGAUUGCUGGAAAAAGAAGAAGAUGAGGAAGAAAUUAAAAAACAAGCCCAAGCAUUAGUUAUGGAUGAUAGUGAUUAAGAUCGUUUUAUUAUUGAAUUUGUGAAUAUGAAGUUAUUCAGAUGUGAAUAAAUAAAUUAUACAUAAACA